GGGAGGUCCCGGUAUGUAAAACAAUACAUAGUUCUCCAGCUCCUUUAGCCAAUCCAAACCCAACUCCAAUUCUACAUCAAUGUCUUUGGAAACAAUGAUCUCUUUGUUGCCACAAGAACUACAUCGUUCUAGAUCAUAGUAAUUGGUUGAUGAACAAGAAACUAGGUGGUUUGUUCUACUUCCAUUGCUUUGUUCACCAAUGAACGGACAGUUCUAAUCAAUAUAAUUUUGGCUGGGUAAUCCUGAUUAAUGGACUCGAUGAUUCCACCAAUUGACCUUACCUGAAUACACCAUGUCUUCACCUAACCAAUGCCCCAUGACGAUACAAGAGCUACAAAUCGCUCUCAGACUGCGCACUAUCAGCGAUGCCGAGGAACUAAUCAAGGCCGACCCAAUCAAGGAAGCCUUUCGAAUGUACAUGAACAGAUGCUUUUCAGCUGCCUCAAUCACACGUUCACUGCCGAACUGGAAAGAGGUAGACGAAUACAUCUACUGGAAGCAGCUACAUAUCGGGCUCCGGACAACCGGAGCGCUUCUUAGGCAAGUUGUCGCCAAGGACUGCCACGAUAAUCCGUACGAGCUUAUUCCUCAUGUAGGGAUGUUCGCCUUACGAGUUAUGGACUUUAUUAAGACCCCUGAGGGCGCAAGGUUCGAUGUACCUUUAGAUGCUACUCGCAUCAUGCGACAGGAAGAGAUCUAUUUCGACCGUUGCAGGAGGCUAACGACUUUGUUGGGUUUCCUAGUUAAUCAGAGGCUACUAAGUAGGAAAAGGAAAAGAAAGGCAGAGGAAGAUGUAAAUGGGGGUAGGGCCGGCUGGAUCUAAUUCGACUGCAAUUAAAAACGUACUUCAUAGAUCAAUUGAUACCUGGUAAUAGAGGCUGAUAGAUUUACAAUAACUAAC